GCGCGUGUGUGUGCAGGACAACAUCAGGAGGGUUUGUCUAGUCCCUCCCCUGCUAUAUAGAUCGGUGCUAUAAUACAAAGCAUUAAAGGCGGUCGGCUCACACACGCUGCAGCUCGACUAGAGAUCCCGUGGCUUAUAAUUCCCUUACUACUUUUUUUCUUCCAACCCCUCUUUCGAUGUGCCCCGUUAUUAGCGUUAGUCUGAGGCGUUCAUUUCCGCACCUGCCGCGGUAGAGACCAGGCGAGACAAGGACGGAGCGAGAGCCCUGACAGACGCGCGGCUGAGACCAGCACCGGUGACUCGUUUGAGAUCUUUAAAGGACAGGAGGGUGGACAGAAAAUGCUACUCUGGGCCAAAUUUGUUUUGGUCGGCCUCUUCUGCUUGUCCUUAGUGUCUUCUGGGAUGGGCUGCGGACCGGGAAGGGGCUACGGCAGAAGAAGACACCCGAAGAAGCUGACACCUCUUGCGUACAAGCAGUUCAUCCCCAACGUGGCGGAAAAGACCCUCGGGGCAAGCGGCAGAUACGAAGGCAAAAUCACAAGAAACUCCGAGCGAUUUAAAGAGCUGACUCCCAAUUAUAACACAGACAUCAUAUUCAAGGAUGAGGAGAACACCGGAGCCGACAGGCUAAUGACUCAGAGAUGUAAAGACAAGCUGAAUUCGUUGGCGAUCUCGGUGAUGAACCAAUGGCCCGGGGUGAAGCUGCGGGUCACUGAGGGCUGGGAUGAGGACGGCCACCACUUCGAGGAGUCCCUUCACUACGAGGGCAGGGCCGUGGACAUCACCACGUCAGACAGGGACAAGAGCAAGUACGGCACCCUGUCCAGACUGGCGGUGGAAGCUGGGUUCGACUGGGUCUACUAUGAGUCCAAAGCGCACAUCCACUGCUCUGUGAAAGCAGAAAACUCAGUCGCUGCAAAGUCGGGCGGUUGCUUCCCAGGAUCCUCCACGGUCACCCUGGAAAAUGGCACCCAGAGGCCCGUCAAAGAUCUCCAACCCGGGGACAGAGUACUGGCCGCGGAUUACGACGGAAACCCGGUUUAUACCGACUUCAUCAUGUUCAUAGACCGGGACUCGUCCACCAGCAGGAUCUUCUACGUCAUCGAAACCGAGUCUGGCCAGAAAGUGACCCUCACCGCCGCGCACCUCCUCUUCAUCGCCCACAACUCCACGCAGGCAGAGCGGCGGAUGUCGGCGGUUUUCGCCAGCCAAGUCCGGCCGGGACAAAAGGUCUUCGUGUUCGGGCGAGGUCUGCUGGCGCCCGUGACCGUGAAACGGAUUUACACGCAGAGGCACGAGGGCUCCUUCGCGCCGGUGACAGCGCAGGGGACCGUGGUGGUGGAUCAGGUCCUUGCGUCCUGUUACGCAGUGAUCGAGGACCACAGCCUGGCGCACUGGGCCCUGGCACCGGUCCGGCUCGCCCACUGGGUGUCCUCGUUGCUCUUCGGCUCCCAGCCGCGCGUCAGCGCGCAGAGCGAAGGGGUGCACUGGUACUCCAAAAUCCUUUACCAGCUGGGGACUUGGCUCUUGGACAGCCACUCGAUCCAUCCGCUCGGGAUGUCAGUGUCCCCGAGCUGAAACCCCUGAAUGAGACUCAAAUGUAGGAACUUUCGAACUAUUCAGUAGAUUAAACUUUAAAAUAUUAAUAAUAAUAUUAAAACAAAACAAAAUAAAAACGAACGAACGACACAAAAGGCCCCAGCGGAGUUGGGAUAUUUAUUUCAGUGACUUUUCCAUGGUGUGUCCUCUUUCAAAGAAUGAAUGGAGCCUUACAAAGUUUCUCUUUGAAUAAUUUAUUCUCGUGUGAACUCUGCCAGUGUCACAUAAAUGGAUUGUGAGACGAUGCGAGCAGCAAAUUGUGCAUAAUCUAUUUUUGUAUAUCUCCAAUGCAAAAAGGAAAUAAAAAAGUAAAAAUAAGAAGAAAAAAAUAUACAUAAAAUGAUGAAAAAAAUGACAAAAAAAUACCGCAAAGAGAUCCUGUAGGACGGAGCUAACUGACAGGUUGUUCUUAUGUGCAGAAUUGUGCAACUGACUGUUAUAUUUUGUGGGAGAAAAAAAAACUUUGCGGAGUUUCAUAAAUUAUAUUUUUAUACACAGGAAUGUAAAUUACAUUUUGACGGAUCGAUACGGAAUCACAUUUCGUUAUCUGAAAUAGUGUAAGAUAUGAGAAUAUAUUUUAAUUUAAAUAGCUGGGAAAGUGUUCGAAUGAAAGAAAAACAAAACAUGUACUGCUUAUCAAGAAGUGUAUUAUUUUGUAAACUGAUGGUUUGUUGGAGCGGGACAGAUAUUCUGCCUCAUGUCUGCAUUAUCUCCUUUUUUCUGUGUGUUCUUAUUUUUCUUGUUUCGUCUAAGGAAAAAAAAAAUCAAAAUGCAGAUUCUGACAAUUCAGUAACAGUUUAAGUGGUAAUGAAAAAGUUCCGUUGAAUAAAUGCAUAAGAAACUCCUGUUAAAGUACUAAAAUGAUAUUUUUCUUUUCAUAUUUUGUAAUAGGGAAAUAGUUUUAUAUAGAAAUGACCUGCGGCAGAUGCACAGUUUGUAUAGUCUAUUUAGCCAGACAAUACCAGUUAACUUUCAUAACAGGGCGAUGUGUCAAAAAAUGUCUAGAGUUUAUUAUUUAUAUGUUUAUUACAAAAAUGAGAUAAAGAAAAACUUUAAACUUGUUACACGUGUCUGUCUAAAUGCGCUCCUCUGCAGGAACAUCACAUAUUGAGGGAUUUUGUCACCAAUUAAAUGUUGUUGUUUUGUUUUUUUACCUUUCUGGUUCAGCUUCUUUUCAGAAACGUUUGGUUGCUGCUAUUUCUCUAAAAAAAUAUUUUUGUCUUUUUUAAUUUAAUUGGAUUGUCUCGGCCUAUAUAUAUGUGAGCACCAAGAAAUUUGCAGAAAAUGAGGCUUUGAAGUGCUUCUGGCAUGCUUGCGAAAUGUUGAGAGCUCAUGUCAGAUUUAACGAGGUCUGCCCAUCUGCAAAUAACUUCUAAGUUGCAGACAAAUGAAACAGCAGAGUGUUUGUUGGCUCUGAGUCUGCUGCUGCAGCUUCAGGUCAAAUAAAGUCUUUAUCACAG